ACAAAGAUUCUCCUACAGCUUUGACAACCUUUAACCGAAGCGUUGCCAAAAAUCAUGUGCGAGGGUUUCACGUUCAAAAGUGUUUUUCUUCCGCGAAUUAUCUCUGUCUCAUUUCCUUGUAUAAUGAGAUAACUUUUAUGGUUUGAAUAUUUGUUUUUACUUUCCAAUGCUUAUAUAAUCGCAAGCCAUCCGUUAGUAGCUCGGAAGAAAAACACAUCAGGAUUUGAACCCACGACCUUCAGAUUACCGCAUCUGAAAUCAAACUGCAACUAAUGAAUUAUUCAUGAAGAACUCGCAGUCAACCAGCUGAUUGAUUUGCGACCACCGCGACCCAACUGAUUCGCACAGCUCGCUGCGAAUUCAAAUAAUAGUUGUUUUCAGAUAGAAAUCACUCCAUUUGUUCUACAAAUGACUUGUUUUACUUUACCGCUGGAAAUCACUCAAUUUGCUCACCAAAUGACUUGUUUUACUAGCAGUGUCAUCUAUUCAUGGAUAUCACGAGUUUGCUUAAAAAGUCUUUAGUUUUCAUUCGUUGUGUUAUUUCCAGCACCUAAAUUGGCGUAGAGUUAGGUCUCUGUUUUCCUGCUGAAUCUAAUAUUAGUUUUAUUACUCGACUAAAGUACUACUUUUUUUCCUUUCUGGUGGCCUUCAACAACGAUGUCUUCCAAUUUGUCUUUAACACGAAUUGGACAACUUCACGAAUUAAUUUGUCGAUAGUGUAACUUUCUUUCCCGAUUGUAGUCUAUUCAAAGCCGUUUCCCAUUGCAUUUGCGCUCAUUCACUGAUCCCCGUUGUUUGAUUUUGCUUGCGCUCUAGCUGACGUUUAAGUACAUACUAGCCUUAUAUCCGCUUAGACGACCGUGCUCAGCGACUUUCUUUUCAUGUUCUUAAUCAAAAUAGGAUAUGGAGAGCAAUGUACAGCAGGAUAGAGGGGCCAACGUUACCCAUGAUCAAUCAGUCAGAGAUGACGAUUCUUAUCAGGACGUGACAUCUGCACUUCAAAGUGGAAAUCAAGAAGAGGAAUUUGAAGAAAAUGAAGAGCCGGCUUACGAUGAUGUGUCAUCUGUACUUCAACGCGGAAAUCUAGAAGAGGAUUUGGAAGAACAUGAAGAGAUUUACGAAGACAUGGUGCAAUCUACCCUUAAGAAUGUAAAUCAAGAAGAGGAUGUCGAAGAAUAUAAAGCGAUGUACGAAGACAUGCCAUCUACCCUUAAGAAUGCAAUUCAAGCGCCAAUCGCAGAAGCUGUCCAGGAUGUCGAAUCUUCAAGCGUUAUAACAAGUAAAGGUGGAUUAAUGAGCGUGAAGGGUGUCAAACUCGUAUGCCCUCCUGGAGCUGUGGACGAUCCAGUGACCGUCAAACUUGUUUUAGAAGAACCUCAUAAAUACUGUGGCCUGAUACUUAACCAUGGACUUGAAAAUGAUUUGAAAUUUGGUGCACCCAUCAUCAAUUGUCAGCCGAAUGGCCAGACGUUCCAAAAACAUGUGAAGCUUUUAAUAACAUUAGACAGUGAGAAAGAACAUUUCAGUGAAGCCUUUCUCGUUUUGCAUGGCGCACCAGCCGGAAGCGGAAAGAUCUACUGGGAGGAUAUCACUCAUAAUUCCAGGUUUGAUUUGGAAAACAAAGAGCUAUCAGUGAACAUCGAUCACUUUUCCCUAAUUGCAGUGCUGGUCAGGUUAGCUUGGGUUCAAACAAAAGAAAUUGCAACGCGGUUAAACCUCAUAUCUUUCAAAUAUAUGUUGUCGGUUUUUUUCAAAACCAGUCACCAAAAUUUACCUUGUGAUGAGCUCGCUUUCGUGUUUAUGAGCCAGGAUAUCUACAAGGAGCAGUUUUACCGAGAACACGAUGAUUGCGCACUAAUGAAGCUCAAAAGUGAUGGGUUUGAGGAACUUUGUUCCAAAGUUAGAAAGGAAAGCGGUUUUAUCUACAAUUACGAAAACCUGACGGUUUCCGUUCAACUGGGAGAAGACUACAAACCGGCCAACAACCAGCAAGAACGAAUCACAUUUGUCGUGGACUCUUCCGUUUGGUGGAGUACUGGGCAUGUCGUCAAGCUGCCAUUGCAGGCCUCUGGUACUGACGCCAAAAUCCUGUGUGGAAGGAUUGUUGUUGAAGGCCAGCAUGGUCAUGUUGGAGAAGAUCACUUCUGCCAACAAGAUCUGUGUGGCUACGUGAGACGACUUUUAGGGGUAGAGAACGCCAUUUUCAACCUUAAACCCUUGACCCUAAAGCUUGGACUGUCUAAGGAAACGUCAAAUGAAGCUGUUACAUGUGGGCAAAGCGAGGCAAAACAACUGGAAAUGAUUUUGCUACGCUGGCGGGAGGCACAUAAGAACACAGACGAUUUCGCCGUGCUCAGAAAAGCCUUAGAAGGGUUACAACCUGAAGACUACAGAGUGAAAGAAAGAGGGCAAAUGCACAUUGAGCAUUUGAGGGAAUUUGCUGUUACGAUCGUGGGUUUGCAGAACACGGAUCCUAACAUGACAAAAUACUUGGGACAUGAAAUUAAAACGCUCUGCAGCUCCAUUUUGAGAGACUGUUGCAUCGAAAUGGCAACCUCCAAAGAGGAUUUGGACUUGGCAGCUUCAACAGAAAACUGCGCAAGUCUUCUUGAAAUCUACAGACAAAUACCUGGGGACAUUGCCAAGAAAUGUAAGCUCUUGGGCACGACUCCAGAAGAAUCCAUUACAGCAGAUUUCCUUGUGAUUGUUCCUCAACUUGUACAAACCAUAAAAGAAAUCUUUCGAGAUGUAAACGUUCCACACCAACAAAGUGGAUUACGAGGAGUACCUGAUGAAACAGCCCUCCAAAAAAUUGUUUCAGAUAUUCAAGAGGCUUCAAAAAACAAAGACAUAUCUAGGCUUUUCUGUGAAGUGUCAUAUAUUCUUGAACACUUAUGUCUCAACAACAAUGGCAAUCGCUCCACCGAAAACGAGAUACAUCAGUGGGGUGGCUCCAAUAUGAUUAUCACAAUGCUUCAGUUCCUGGAAAAGUUUUUCCAAAGUUCCGAAGAACAAAGAUUGUACAAGCGAUUGCACGUGUUUUCCUUUACCAUUAGAGACAUCAUGUCAAACCCCACCGCUUUUGAAGGAAACUUCCUUCGUGAUUUCCACAACGUUGCACUGAGUCUGCUGAAGUUUGCCAAGUUUGAUCCAUCACAGCUUGUGAGAUUUGAACUGAGUGACCCAACUAAUUCAUGUCACACUCAAGGCAACGAUGGAUUGAAGUAUGACAAGUCAAAGGAAAUCUUUUCUCAGCUGUUCUGGAUCAGUAAAGAGUCUGACGACGAGUUGCAACUUGAAGCAAUUGCACAUGUACAUAUCCACGGACGCAUCCGAAGCAUUGGAGCAUUUGAAUCGCUCAUCGCACUUCCCGCAUCCUGCAGCAUGGCCAUCGACAGAGUUCCAAUCGGUUCCCUUUCCGUAGCAGUUAAACGUGAACACGACGACUCUGGAAACCUUCGUGUUACUCUUUAUGCAACACAGAAGGAGAAAAUCAGCAGGGCUUUGAAAUACCUGGAGGACGAGUUAGCAGCAGAUGUGGUUGACUUGAGUCAAACUGAAAUCACACCAUCCCAUCUCAAAAUGCGAAGCUUCGCGAAAGCAGGAACACUCGUCAGACUACGUUUGGUUCACAAAUGGGGAUCAGAGGCGCUUGUCCUUGACAGCAAUGAUUUUAUGACCCUUGCUGAUUCCACUGCAGGAGGAGCUUCUGUGCCUGACCCAGAAAUAGCAGAGAUCAACCAACUUGCCUUAAGGAGUGAAUUGCCAGCUCUUCCAGUAGCAAGUGACUCGGCAGUUGGAAAUUACAGCAGUAACUUUGUGAUGGAUCCCUCAAACACUGAGUUGAUUCAGAGACAUUUACACGAACAGCGCGGGCACUUUGAGAUCCACUAUCAUCAGAAUUUCCUGAGAGGACAUGUGUGCGUGGCAGGAAAGAAUACGAAUCUGAACAUGCAACUGCCCAGUACAGAACAGCGUUCCCUAGAGGCUGGACCAAGCUAUGCUUCUCACAAGUGUUUAACAGCAGGACCUGGUACACAGGAAGUGUGAAUCAUUACCAUUCACUGUAAAUGGACAAGUAGCUUAGCUAUAACAGGACAGUUCACUCCGAUCAUGCCAUGGAGGCAAGAUCAAACUGCCUUGUUGUAAUCUUUGUUAUAAUUUUUGCCAACAUAAAAAUUCAAGUUUUUAAUCAAU